CAUAUGCGCAUGCUGUUGGCUCAUCUGCUCCCUGCAUUGAGUAUCACGUUGACGUGACUGCAGUCAUUUGAGAGUGCCAGGACCUUGGCAAGACGCUCUGGUUAGGGGCUCUGCGGCCCAAUAGUAGCUAGUUGAUAAUGGCUGAAAAACGAGAGAGGUCCCAAUCGCCAGGGCCAGAGGUGGACGCGGAGAUCGAUGGCGAUACCGGCGCUAUUGUGGUAUCAAAAAAGCCCCGCACGGACGCACAGCUGGUGGUGGGGUCGGUGACCAAGGAGGGCAUCACGCGGACCAGCAACCUGUCCGCGCCCAUCAUCCAGCUGUCGGGUCAUGCCGGGGAGGUCUUCUCCAUGCGCUUCUCGCCGGACGGGCAAUGCAUCGCCUCGGGCUCGUUCGAUAAAACCAUCUUCUUGUGGCGCACGUACGACGAGAACGAAAACUACAACGUCAUUGCGGGCCACCGCAACGCCGUGCUGGAGGUGCACUGGUUCACGGACGGCGAGGCGCUGCUCAGCUGCAGCGCCGACAAGACCGCGCGCUGCUGGGACGCGGAGACGGGCGCGCCGAUCAAGAAGAUGGGCGAGCACACGGCGGUGGUGAACAGCUGCUGCCCGCUGCGGCGCGGCGCCAAGGUGUUCGUGACGGGGGCGGACGACAGCACGGUCAAGGUGUGGGACAUGCGCGUGAAGAAGUCGGUGCACACGCUGCGGAGCGAGUUCCCGGUGUGCGCGGUGGCGUUUGCGGAUGCGGGAGACCAGGUGUACAGCGGCGGCGUGGACAACGCGAUCAAGGUGUGGGACCUCCGGCGCGGCGGCGGCGCUGACGUGGAGCCGUCCAUGCUGCUCAAGGGCCACAGCGACAGCGUCACGGGGCUGCGCGUGAGCCCGGACGGCGGCCACCUGCUGUCCAACGCCAUGGACAACACGCUGCGGGAGUGGGACGUGCGCCCCUACGCGCCGCCCAACCGCUGCACCAAGGUCUUCACCGGCCACAUGCAUAACUUUGAGAAGAACCUGCUGCGCUGCGACUACGCGGCGGACGGCAGCAAGGUUGCGUGCGGCAGCGCCGACCGCAUGGUGUACAUCUGGGACACCUCCACUCGCAAGCUGCUGUACAAGCUGCCCGGACACAGCGGCUCAGUCAACGAGGUGGUGUUCCACUCCAAGGAGCCCAUUGUCGCCUCGGCCUCCAGCGACAAGACCAUCUUCCUAGGCGAGCUCACGCAGUAGCGGCGGCAGCAGCGCCACGAGUAGGAGCAGCAGGAGGGGGAAGGGCUGGCGGAGGCAGAGAAGUGGAAGGCGGGGAGGAGGCAGAGAACACGGAGUAGGGAGGCGGCGGAGCAAGGAGGAAGGAGGAAGGGCAAGGAGGAGCUGAGUGGGCAGGUGCGGAUGUGUGGCACUAUGGAGAUGCUUGCAUGCAGUUACGGCUAUGCGCCAGCUCACGUUCACGUCUGACAGUGAGCGUUGUUGUGAGCCGACGGUGGGGUGGGAAGCACUACACGGUGGUCUCAAUGCUAGGGACAUGGCGGCUUGCGCGUGAAGGCCAACGCCAUGCUGACGAGUCGGAGGGGGCACGAGGCCUAUGAAUGGAUGAAUGGACGAAUGAACGGUGGUUGGUGCGCAUGCUUGGGGCCAAUUGAGCUGAGCACACGUCUGGCGUUACUCGGGUUGGAUGGAUGGCGCCCGUUGCCUCCAGCGUGAGAGAGAGGUGCGGUACUGCGCGGCUGCGCGGGUCCCUGGCGUAUGCUGUCAGAACUCACAAGUUUAACUCAUGCUUCCGUUACCCGUGCCUCAUUGCCGUCCAAUCACACUGGCACUAGGGG